AGCGAGUUUUGUGAGUGGUUAGUUUGGGGUAACAGAGGAAGCAACUCCUUCACAGAUAAGCAGAGAGUGCAAUAGACACACACAUGCUGUUUCAUAAGGAUACGCCUGAUUUCCAGAAAUAACCAUGUUUUUGUGGCUUAAACUCUUAGCAUUUGGCGUUGCAUUUCUGAGAGAGGAUGCUUUUGUCAAAGCAGGAGAUGAAAAUCUGGCAAACACCAGCUCUCCCUCCCUCAUGUCACUUCUACCUGCACACUCCACAUCACUCUCACCUCCAGGCACCACUGAAGCAGGACAUGAAAAUCUGGCAAACACCAGCUCUCCCUCCCUUAUGUCACUUCCACCUGCACGCUCCACAUCACUCUCACCUGCAGGCACCACUGAAGGAAUUGAGUCAGCAGCAAGUACACCUGGUGUCUCUUCUGCAGACAGCACAUACCUGUCCACGCACACAGGCUCUGUCCCUGCCAGGGGACUCAGCAACCCACCACACAGCAGCACUGCUGCCCUCACCACACGCACUCCUAUUGACUUCAGGAAUGCUUCAUCAGAUGAUUACAGUUCAACAUCCUUGCACAGCACCAUCUCACCAGUCAGCAUGCCAGCAAACACUGGGAUCAUCCCCACUCACACAAUAGAAUCUCCCACAGUGACCACUAAAGAACCUUGUGAUGCUGCUAUUGACAGCAUAACAAGUGUAAAAGAUGAGAACAUGUCAGAAGUUACACUGAAAAAUCUCAGAGAAAACAGAGACUAUGUUAUUCUGGAGACUAACAUGAACUUAAGUGCAAAUUCCAAUACAGUAAAACUUCAGAGAUGCAAAAAAUACACACUUAAAGUUAGCAAUUGCGCAGAUACUUACCUUAUUAUUCCACCUGAGAGCAGUGAGAAUCCUUUCAAAGUUGGGGAAAAAACCAACACAUCUGCAAAAAUAUGUUGGGAAAAAUCACUUCGUUGUGCUAAUAUAACUAUUAACUGCAAAGUUUUAUCACGAACCUUUACAAAUUUAACCUCUGAUUGUCAAGAGCUGAACAAUUUAGCAGCUGACCAUAACUACAACUGCACUGUUACUGCACAUGUUCAUGAAAAGGAGGUUGUCAGCCAAAACUUCACCAUAAUAACAGAUUAUGGUGUUCCAGAAUCACCAGAAAAUUUUACAGUAGUUUGUGAUGCCAGAAAUAUAUCAGUUAGCUGGAAUAAACCUAGUGACCGUUCAAAGAAUCCUGUACAUGGCUAUAUUGUGAAAUGCAAUGACAAACCGGCAGAACUUGUCAAUGAUACUAUCUUUCAUUGCCAUGAAUUACAACCUUUUACCGAAGGUACUGUAUAUGUGACUCCAUAUACGAAGAGCAAAUAUAGUGGUGUAGAAUAUAUGGGAAAGACUGCAAGAUGUCCGUUUAAAACAAAAUCAGCAGAACCAGAGCAAGUGAUUGAUGUUAAUGCAACACUGACAGCUGAUAAUGCUGUCCAAAUUAAGUGCAGAAGUCAACAAGUGUAUGGAGAACAAAAAUUAUUUGAACUGACUUGGGAAAAUGAUGGAACAAACCACUCCAGUGAGAAUUGUGACUUUAAAAAAGAAAAUCUCUCAUACUUGACAAACUAUACAUUUACGAUCUUAGUGUUUAAUGGAGAAUAUAGAGGGCAGCCAGUAAAGAAGAGUGUAAGAACCAGAUAUAAUUCUAAAGCCCUGAUUAUAUUCUUGGCAUUCUUGAUUGUUGUGACAUCAAUUGCUUUACUACUGGUUCUGUACAAAAUCUAUGAUCUUCACAAAAAAAAGCUUGGCAAUUCUUCUGAAGGUGUGAACCUUGUUGCAGUUAAAGAUGAUGACAGGCAACUUAUGAAUAUAGAGCCAAUACCUUCGGAGCAAUUGCUGGACACAUACAAGAGGAAGAUUGCUGAUGAAGGAAGACUUUUUUUGGAUGAAUUUCAGAGUAUUCCUAGAGUUUUCACUAAAUUUUCAAUAAAGGAAGCCAAAAAAACACAUAAUCAGAGCAAAAACCGUUACAUUGAUAUCCUUCCAUAUGAUCAUAAUCGUGUUGAGCUCUCAGAGAUCCCAGGAGACCCAGGAUCAGACUAUAUCAAUGCAAGUUAUAUUGAUGGCUUCAAAGAACCAAGAAAAUACAUUGCUGCACAAGGCCCCAAGGAUGAAACCACGGAUGAUUUCUGGAGAAUGAUCUGGGAACAGAAAGCAACGGUUAUUGUCAUGGUGACUCGUUGUGAGGAAGGAAAGAGGAACAAAUGUGCCCAGUACUGGCCAUCAAUGGAGAAUGGCUCUGCAACAUAUGGGGACAUCAUUGUGAAGAUCAAUGAAAGUAAAAUGUGUCCAGACUAUGUCAUUCAGAAACUACACAUCACAAAGGGACGAGAAAGGACAGCUGGAAGAGAUGUCACUCAUAUUCAGUUCACAAGCUGGCCAGACCAUGGAGUCCCUGAGGAUCCACAUCUCCUUCUCAAACUCAGACGCAGAGUUAAUGCUCUUAGCAACUUUUUUAGUGGCCCAAUAGUGGUUCAUUGCAGUGCUGGUGUUGGGCGCACUGGAACAUACAUAGGAAUUGAUGCCAUGCUGGAGGGGCUGGAUGCAGAAGGCAGAGUGGAUGUUUACGGCUAUGUUGUGAAGCUGCGUCGGCAACGGUGCCUCAUGGUUCAAGUAGAGUCACAGUACAUUCUUAUCCAUCAAGCACUAGUGGAAUACAAUCAGUAUGGAGAAACAGAGGUCAGUCUCUCAGAACUGCAUUCCUAUCUUAACAAUCUGAAAAGAAGAGAUCCUCCGAGUGAUCCAUCUCUGCUGGAGGCAGAGUUUCAGAGAUUACCUUCCUAUAAGGGGUGGCGGACACAGAACACUGGGAAUCGUGAAGAAAAUAAAAGCAAAAAUAGGAAUGCCAACAUAAUUCCAUAUGACUUUAAUCGAGUGCCAAUCAGGCAUGAAGAUGAAAACAAUAAGGAGGGUGAACACGAUUCAGAUGAUUCCUCAGAUGAGGACAGUGACUCUGAGGAAUUGAGCAAAUACAUCAAUGCUUCCUUCAUAACUGGCUACUGGGGUCCGAAAGCCAUGAUUGCAACACAGGGACCACUGCAGGAAACUGUUUCUGACUUCUGGCAAAUGAUCUUCCAAAGAAAAGUCAAAGUCAUUGUUAUGCUGACAGAGCUAAAAGAAGGAGAUCAGGAACUCUCUGCACAGUACUGGGGAGAAGGAAAACAAACAUAUGAUGGCAUAGAAGUUCAAAUGACAGAUGUCAACUGUUGUCCUAGCUAUACCAUACGUGCAUUUGAUGUUACACAUCUGAAGACUAAAGAAACACAGAAGGUGUAUCAGUAUCAGUAUCACAAGUGGAGUGGCUUGGAUGUUCCAGAAAACCCCAAGGAUUUAGUUAACAUGAUUCUCAACCUUAAACAAAAAGUCCCAGCCAGACCAGUCACUGAGGACAGCAGGAAUACCCGCGGUGUCCCACUCGUCGUCCACUGCCGUGAUGGAUCACAGCAGACUGGUGUAUUUUGUGCUUUAAUGACCCUCUUGGAAAGUGCAGAAAUAGAAGAAGUAAUAGAUGUUUUCCAAGUAGUAAAAGCUCUUCGUCGUACCAGGCUGGGAGUGGUGUCCACCUUUGAACAUUACCAAUUUCUGUAUGACACCAUUGCCAGUAUCUACCCUGCACAGAAUGGACAAAUAAAGAAGAACAGCCAGCAGGAAGAUAAGGUGGAAUUUUGCAGUGAAGUAGAAAAAACAGAUCAGGAAACUGAUUUGAUCACUAUUGAUCUUACACCAUCAAAGCCAGAGGAAAAUGAGCCUUCUGAAGUAUGUGAUGAUUCUAAGGCUGCAGAUAGCACUAAGGGAACAGAAAAUUCUACAAACGGCCCCACAACUCCAGUUCUAAUUUAAGAGGCUAAACAAACAAACAAACAAAAAAGAGUGCUUUUUCAUGUGCAAAAAAUAAGAGCUAUAAGAUUCUUCCUCUUCCCACUUUUUUUUUAAAAAAAACGUUUAUUGUUAUAUCUGUUUUUCAAAGGUACAAAUUUAAAGGAAUACUUGAAACUUGUAGAGAGUGACAAAGAACUGUGAAAGUUUAAUUUUUGUGUAGAUUUGCAUUUAAUACUUCUUCAGAAACCUUUUCACUAUUUUUAUACUUUUAAAAAUAUGUACAGAAUAAUACUAUGCUGAACAGAGGAAAGGAAAAUUUUUGACUUCUGUAACGAGGAGAGAAGCAAUUCAGAACAGGAUCAGUGUGUUGCAAAACCAGGUCUGUCUUCAAAACUAUUAGCAAGUAAAUGAACCUAAUUGGUAAGCAUAUAUACUAGCAUUUCCAGAGUGCUGAUCAAGCACUGCUUUAAUAAUACUCUGUGGAACUUAUGGGACUUUACCAAACAGUUUUAAGAGAUUAUCACUUACAUCAUGUGGCAAUUCCAAGGAAUUCAGAUAGAUUCUCCACACGUAAGUCAUCCCAUAUCAAUGUGGAAUAGAAAUUUUUGCAUUUUUCUAACUUGCCUCAAGGUGUCCUUGUUGCUCCACAUAUAUCAAUCUGAGAUUUCAAUGUUAGACUCAAAGAAGAGUUUGGAGAUUGUCAUUUGAAUGAUUGCAACGAUUCUGAUAGCAAACACAUUCUGUUUACUCUUAGAGCUUAAAAUACUGCGUGCUUGCACAUUUAUUUCUUAUGCUUAUUAUUAUUUAAAGGGACUGCUUCCACAAAUGCAUCUGACCUGUUUUCGGAAUUGGAAAAUACUUAGAUGCUUUUCCUCCAAGCCUUGUAGAUUUUAAUUGGUACAGGGUUUUGGUUUUUUUUUUUUUUUUUUUCAGUAUGAGGUUUUGUAUGUUACAGUUUAGAUACUUUUACUAUUUGUUGCUGGAUUUUUCCCUACGCUUUUUAGAAUUAAUAAAAAAGACAAUUAGUAGUUGACAAGGUGGAAAUUAUUUUGCUCUAUUGCACUCCGCAAGCUGAUCAUUUUCUUCUAAAUGCACAAAAUCUUGUGCUGUCCUAUACAUGGAUAACAUUUACAAGUUUCAGUAGGAAAACAUACGAUUUAUUUCUUAUAAAACUGUGUGAAUGCAGGUAAGUGUCAUGAUUCUCUCAUUACAGAGGAAGGAAACUUUGUUUUUCUUUUGCUUGAAGUGAUUAAAGGAACAGUCACUCAACAGAUUCAGUGCUCCUAGUUUAUCACUGCAUAUUUCUAAUCUCUCCUUACAAAAUGUAAUUGAAAAUACUUAGAGAGCCAUGUUAAUAACAUGUACAGUCACACUUGGGUAAAACAUUAAUUUAAUUUUGCUGUUACUUCAAUCAAAUAUUUAAUUCACAAUUACCAGCUCAGACAAGUGCUUCCUGGCAGUCUUGCUUGAGUAAGUGGCAGCAAAAAGUCACAGAGGCAGUGGGAUUUCCCUGAGCUGCCUUUUCCGCUGAAGCUGUGCUAGGGGAUAAACUACCAAAGCUGAGAGGGUCACCUGUGGAGAAAAAUGCUUUGAGACUAAAUGUGAAGAUAAUCUAAAAAAAUUGUAGGCCUAAAGCCUGUCAGCUAUUUUUAGAGGAACAUGUCAAAAUUGCAAAUUUUUAGCAUACCUUUGAAGAUCAAAAGGAUGAAGAGCCUUGGAUGCAGAUUGACUCACUGGUGCUCACUGGAUGACAGAGAACAAUUAAUUUAUUUUUCUUCUUCUAAGAUUUGGCCACUGUAAAGCCUCUUUAGCUAGUUCAGGUAGUAAAAUAAAGAGGUCAAUACAGCUACCUACUGUAAGAGUGUGGGAGACAGAUACUAGUCACACUUUUAGGAAUAACUGAAAAUAUUUCCCAAAUCAAAAAUUAGGCCCAAAUUUUCAUUUUGUGUAAAUCUGAGGGCACUCAUACACUCAAUUCCUCGAAAAAUGGUUCUGUAGUUUUUUAAGCUCCUGCAGCACUUGGGCUGUAAAAAUUCUAGAGGAUUUUGUUCUGUUUAUAUUGUUUUCUAGAAUUACUUCAAUGUUCAUUUGAUUGCAUAUUUAUUUUUUUUUUAAAUGCAUGCUAGGUUAGCACUAGAUUUGUGCGUGUAUUUUGAAAGUCCUGAACUAUGUUAAAUUUUGCUUUGUUCAUGUCUUCAUUAUUAGCCUAAUCAGAGAAACAGAGCCCUUCAUUAAAACUGCACUCAUGUGCCCAGUGUAAACCA